ACAUUAUAGAAGAUAAUAAUUCCAUCUUAUCUUUUGUAAUUAUGUAAGUGUCGGCAAGAAUAAUUUGUAUUUGUCGUUUGUAUUAAAAUAGUGUCGGUAGGAUGUAAGACCCUCCAUAGUCUAGGGGUCUAUAUUGUAAAUUAUGUGUAUCGUUUUGCAAUCAAACGAUUGCAACAAUAGUUGUAACCGGCUCCUUCGAGCCUAUAAAUAGGGCCUUCGCCCAUAUGAAAUAAACAAGUUAAGUUUGAGUGUUUAAGACUUGAGUUGAUCUCAAAGUUCUUCUCUGUUGAAAUAGUUUGUCUAUUUCUGAAUAGCAGAGCCCUAUCAAAACUAUCCACAUAAACAUUCAAUUAUUCAACAUAAUCCAUCAUCAAGACAAUCCAACGCAUCAUUCAGGUAUAAUCUUAUCCUAAUAUUCAUUUAUCCGUCAUGUUGUUAAAGUUGAGAAUGAGAAUGAGGUAAGCAAUCAUCAUUAAAGAAAACACAUCAUUGAAGAUAAUGAAACAUUAUAGAAGAUAAUAAUUCUAUCUUGUCUUUUGUAAUUAUGUAAGUGUCGGCAAGAAUAAUUUGUAUUUGUCGUUUGUAUUAAAAUAGUGUCGGUAGGAUGUAAGACCCUCCAUAGUCUAGGGGUCUAUAUUGUAAAUUAUGUGUAUCGUUUUGUAAUCAAACGAUUGCAACAAUAGUUGUAACCGACUCCUUCGAGCUUAUAAAUAGGGCCUUCGCCCAUAUGAAAUAAACAAGUUAAGUUUGAGUGUUUAAGACUUGAGUUGAUCUCAAAGUUCUUCUCUGUUGAAAUAGUUUGUCUAUUUCUGAAUAGCAGAGCCCUAUACAAACUAUCCACAUAAACAUUCAAUUAUUCAACAUAAUCCAUCAUCAAGACAAUCCAACGCAUCAUUCAGGUAUAAUUUUAUACUAAUAUUCAUUUAUCCGUCAUGUUGCUAAAUUUGGUAUCAGAGCUAAGUAACGUUCUUAUUAUUUUACAUAUUCAAUCUAUCGUCAAUAAGAAGAUAAACAUAUGCAACAUCGUAAACAUAAUAACGAAAAAUCAAUGUUUUUAAAUACUCAUAUUUAAAUAGUCAUCACCAAUAAUUAAAAUAUUUAUCAUAAGAAGAUUUAAUAUCAUAAAUAUGUCUCAAGAUAUUUUCAAUUGUUAUAUUACUUUUAUUUCUCCAUGAUAGUAUCAUUUCGAGUUUUUCUAACUAUUAAUUCUACAAAAUUUGAAAUUUUUAUAAUACUCGUUUUUAAUAAUAAUAAUCAAAUUAAUCAAAUUCAUGCUUGAAAUAUAUAUUUAUCUCUAACAAAAUUUUGAUGAAUUGUAUUCCUAAUAAAAAUAUUAUUUUAAGAAUACAGCAAAUCGAUGAAUCUAUAAAUAAUUAUGAGCAAAAUCUCAAUCAUUCUUACGAACCUAAUAAUCAACGUACGAUUUUAAACAAUAACCGAUGUUAGAUAUUUUAUAAGAACUAGUACUAAAAUUCGUUACAAGCAAAUACGUCAUCUAAAAACAAAACUAUUUGUAUUUUAAAAUAAAACAUAUAACUUUUAAAUAUUAAUAAACAUUCAUUUAUACUAUUAUUUCUAUCCUUGGUAUGACCGUCUUUAUUUGUCAUCUUAAACAUUAUAUAAAUAAUCAUCAUUAUAAGUUAUUAAAGUUAUAAUUAUGAGUUUUUCAGGCCUAAACACAUAUAAACAAGAAUUAAAUUUUUUUCGUAAAACAUUAAAACAGUCUAAAAAAUUUCUUCUAAAUUUAAAAAUAGAUUCUAACAUAUCAAUAAUAAAUUGUAUAUCUAAUAUUGAAGCAAUACAUAUAAUAAAUAAUAGUAUAAAUUGGAAACAAGAACAAAUAAAAAACCUUGAAGAUAAGAUAACAAAAUUAAUUUGUUAAAUAAGUUUCAAAAAAUAGAAAAAGCGUUAAUAAUAACUAAUUCACUAGAAAAAAGAAACUAAAAAUUUUAUUUAAUAUAGAUGGAAACUUUACAAGAAAAAGCAGAAACACUAACUAAAUUAUUUGCAGCAUUAGAAAUCCAUCUAAAACUCUAGAAAAUAAUAUAAUAGAAAAUAAUUCAGAUAAUGAUGACGCAGAAGUAAUAUAUGAUUUUUCUUCAAAUGAUGAACACCCUUAUUCAAAUCCAUAUAGAGAUUCACAACACAAUUUUGGAUUAAAACGAAACAAUCAUAUGUUGAAGAUGAUUAUCAAGGUUAAUAUAUUUAUGGACCACCUUCAUUAGAAAUUUUUUUUUUAUAUAGACAAGGAAUGGUCAAAAAUAAACAAAACAAAUGGGAAAAAAUACCUCCACAAUAUAUACCUAAACUAUUUACUUUUCCAACAAAUUCAGAUAUUCUUCUUAUUGAUUGUGAGCAAAAUCCCGAAGCAAAAAUUCAAGAAUGGAGUAAUAAAAUGGGAAUUCAAAUUCAACUAACUGAAGAAUUAAGAAAUCUACAUCCAAAAAAUUUUCUUAAUUAUAUUAUACAUAAAACACAGGGAAAUGCAUAUCGUUUCCUUUCAUCUCUCGAUGAAACAGAGACGAUGAUGAUAGCAACCACUGAUGCUAUAGAAACAUUUAAAAAUGUAUUAAAUCGGCUUAUUCAAGAAUUCAUAGGAAAUCAAAUAGAAGAUAAAACAUCUCAAGAAGCUUUUCAAUCAGAAUCAUUAUGGCAUCUAACUAACUUACGAAUUUGUAACAUGUGUUAUUUAGACCCAUUUAUAUGCGAAUAUUCUGAACAUUAUUAUAAUCUAGAUUUUACUAGAAAAAAGAUAGCAUUAGACAUGUUUUACCAAAAAUUACCAUCAUUAGUAAGUCAAAAUGUAAUAAAAGAUUUCCAAGAAACAUUACAACAAAAUAAAAUUGCAGAUACCUUAGGAGCAAGGAUAAAUAUAUUAAAAGCAUGGAUGCAGAAAAAAUGUUUAGAACAAAAAACAACACAAGAUGCAAGAAUUGAUUUAUGCUGUGAUACCUUAUCUAAUAAAGUUAAUCAAUAUGGUUGUAAAGAUAAUAAAAAGCAAAAAUAUAAAAAGAAAAUUUGGAAAAAACAAACUUAUAAACCUAAAUAUAAACAAUAUUAUAAACAAGGUGAAAGAAAAUAUUUUCGAGAUAGAAAACAAUAUAAGAAAAAAUAUCAAUCUAACACAAAUUACUGUCCAUCUAAUAAAAAAGAUUGUAAAUGUUGGAUAUGUCAAGAAGACGGACACAAAGCCUACGAAUGUCCAAAAAAGGCUAAAACAGAAAAAGAAACAAACUUAUUAAAAAUUGCAUAUGAUCUCGGGUAUGAACCUAUAGAAGAUUCAGGAAUAGAUUCAGAUAUAGAUAUUUAUGCAUAUACAACUGAUACUGAUUUUGAUUCAGGUAAAUAGUCCUAUGAAGAAAGCAUUAUUGGGUUUAGAACAUGAGGGAAACCUCAUAUCUAACCUAUCCAAAGUGUACAUUGCUAAAACAUAUAUUGGUAUGAAAAUACCAUCCAAAGUAAACAAUGAUAAAGUAUACAGUGAUAUGAAAAUAUCACCAAAGCAUACAUUGAUAUGAAAAUUCUCAUAUCAUCAUUUAAAAUAUUAAAAGCAAACAAAAUUCAGCAAUUAUUCAGGUACCCAAAAGACGCAAAUAUUCAGUCAGCAGAUAUAUUGAAAUGGAAGCCAUCAUGAAGCAAGUCAAACACCUGUUCAGACAAAAAGAGGAGCAAGAAGCAUCAUUAAUCAGAAAGCUUGAAGUACUCAAACGUGAAAAAAGCAACUACAACAAACAAUACAAAUUCUAUAAUCUUAUUCAGCAUCUAAAGAAGAAGCAGCCAGCAGCUCAACAACAAAGCAACCAAAAGAAGAAAUUCAAGAAAUGUCAUCCGAUGAAAGUCAACCACAAAUAGAACUCGAAACAGAAAAACAAACCAUGACGCCAAACCAGGAGGAGUAUCAACCACUACAAGCAGAUUAGAAAAAUAUAAAGAAAUGGUACGUAAUUUUCAACGGAGAAAACAAAGGAGUAUAUGACGAUUGGGGAAUCGCCAGUUCAUAUAUUCUUGGAAAAAAUAUCAUUCACAAAAGUUACAGAACGAAAUGAAGCAGAAACCGCAUACAACGAAGCAUACAAAGCAGUAAUAAAAGAUAACGUUGAAUGUUCAAAAACAGUUCUCCUAACACCACAAAAACCUAUAUCCGGCUUCACACCACAAAAGCAUGUAUCCAUCCCAAGAUCCCUUAACCAAUUAAAUGCAAAAAUUGCCCUUGAAUCCAUUCUAUCAAUCAAAGAAAAAGAUGCCAUGAAAAAACCAUCUGCCAAAAAAUUUGCCAAAUUAUGGGACAACCUCAUUUCAUACACCGAAGUCCAUUCCUUGAUGGGCUUUUACCCGGUAGCCAGACGCCCAGGUCCUAAAGCAGUUUUCUUAGCCGACUUAUCAGAUCCUAUGACUUUAUGGGAUUAUUUUAUUCAUGGAUUCAUCGACACUAUCUAUCUAGAGGGCACCAAUUUACACUGCAUCAGCGAGUUCCCUUCUGCUGUGCAAACUAUCAUCAGAAAUUAUAAAAUACAAUUUGCAAAACAGGAAAGAGGAUUAUUCAUUAAAAUGCAUUCUAGCUAUCUAUAGAUAUGAUGUCUCUCACUCAAACUACAUUCCUUUGAACAUCCUUCUUGCAUAAAAGUUUCUAAUAUACACAUAGACUCUUAAUAUCCAACUCCCAAUUUGGAAACAUUUCCAUAUUUGCCAUAUGACAACUCAUUCUUAACAGAUUCCUAUCUAUUCAUAAUAAUGUCGAUAUGGUCCAUCCAAUACCAUACUUCCAACUACUCACAAGAGACCAAUCCUCAGCGAACUUUGGAUCGUCCUUUGAUAGUUGUUUAAUUAUUUUAGUCAAAACCGAUUCUAGUCCCUUUUCCCUCUUAAUGCGCUAGGCAUUUGGAAAAUUUUAGAAUGGUCAAAUAUUAUAGCAUUUGCAAUCAAUCCUAUACCAGAAGCGUAUGGGACACGAUGCAUAAUGUCUUACAUAAAGAUAUGAUACUUUAUCAAUCUUCUACCAAAAUAUUUUAUGUGUCACGUUCUCACUAUUUAAACCAUGAAGAGGGAUGUCGUAAUCAUAAUAAAAAUUUGAGAACACACUAUGUAUCCUUUGACUAAAUUUAUUAAAAUUUCUCAAUGUAAGCUUUAGUUUUGAAAUGAAGUAAAAUAUUCUCUCCCUUAAUUAUAGCAAAACAACUUUUCAACCCCAACAACUUUGCAAAGUGAAUCUUUGUUUUCUAUAAUUAAUAUUGCUAACUUGCAAUACUUGCCAUAAAAAUCAUACAAAUAUGCUCCCACUAUCAUGAUGAUUAUUAUCAUAUAAGCAUAACAUUUAUGCUCCCACUAGCUUUGACAUGUAUUCAGAAAACAGCUGAACUUCCAGAAAACAAUACCUAUUGAAUUUAUGAAGUUCAUAUUUAUAAUACCAGAUGCUUCGAUAAGCCUUUAUCUAAGCUUCUUAAACUUAUACACCUAUGCCUUAGAUAGCUCAUAUGUGUGUUUAAACAAUUCAGAACUUAUAUCAAUAAGUCCCAAAUGUUAGACUAAUUGCCAAAUCUCACAAUUUGAACUAUGGAAAAGGAUGUCGUAACCAUAAUCAAAUUUGAGAAUACAAUUUUCACAAUUGCUAUCUUCUUAAAAUCUCUCUUAGUGAAAGCAUUUCCUCACAGUCAUUUUCAUGAAGGAGGAAAUCUUAUGACACUUAGAUUUUAGGGUGUAUGUGUUCCUAUCCAUGUGAAUAUGCUAAAACGAAGGUUUUGUGACAAAUCGAAAACCAUAUGGACUGAACUUUCUGUUAGGUUGAAACCCUAAUUGUGAUUUGAUGAACAAGAUGCGGAAAAUAAAAACAAACACAAAUAAUGAAGGGUUAUGUCGAAUGAUCACUCGAUUUAUUGAAUUGUGAGGAACGAAUUACACUUAAGAAAUAAGAAUCUAACUCUACAAGAAACCUCACGUGGCGGCUACAUUUUGCCUCACACUCCUAACCCUAAUAAUGAAUAAUACAUGACUAUUUAUAGGGAAAAGACAAGUCUUGGGCUUUUAACCUAGAAUUCAUCAAAGGGGCCCAUUGCCAUCAUCCAUGGAGUGCUUUGAAACCCUACAAUCUCCCCCUCAAAGUAUGGAAUGGAUGACAAUGCUUUAACUUCCAAAACAAGCAUCUAGCAAAUAAAAAGAUCUGCAACGAGGAAUAUAUGAAGCAAUCCACAAAUCUUGAUUCUUCAAUAGUCUUCAAACACGGGCUCUAGGAUAUAUAAAUCAAGCACUGAAGUAAUGUCUUUAAACUUCAUUUUCGAAUGUAAUCCUAAAGAAUCUUCAUGAAAACCAAACCCGCCAUAAAACCCAUCUCAGAACAAAGAGACUGAAUCACUUCUUGUCUUUGAAGAGCUCCCCCUCCAAGUCACAACGAUCUUCAAAUAAGCUAAUGAUAUAAGCCAUCAAAAAAUAUCAUGUAACACCCCAAACUUUAAGAUUCGUAACGCCACUUGAUCGAGAAAAUACAAGAAGUCGGAGAUAUAACAAGUCCUUAGCAGAGCUCGAUGAAGAACUCUUGCUGUAAAGGAUACUUCUCUGUAAAAACCUUAGUAGAGCUCGAUGAAGAACUUCUGUAAAAAAGCUACCUUCAUAAUUUUCCCACAAGCUUUAUCAAAAAUCUUCGACUUUGAAAAGUCACAAAUCCAAUUUCGAAUGGCCAUACCAAAUUCUCCCCCGAUUUAUAAUCAAAAACAUGAUUAUAAAGCCUUCAAAAGGUCAUGAGAAUGAUCUUGAAUGGAUAAAAAUUUACUAUGCUCCCCCGCGACAAAAGAUAUAAAAAAAAUCCGAAAAAAUCGUGAAAACUUGACGUUAAAAAAAAACGACUUUCCGAACCGCCAAGACUUGAUGGAAUCUUUAUUUUUCUGUUCACAAAAAAUAUGAGCGUUAAAGAAUCCAAAACUGUUCACCGGCCCUCAAUGUAGUAAUUUUUCUGAAUAUUGGGCCGAAACUGUCAUUUUCUGAAAGACAGGGGCUAGAAUGGUAAUUCAGCAUCAACAAACCCUUUUAUAUGUAACAAAAUCUGCAAAUGGUCGAAAACUGCCAAGGCAUGAAAAGUAUAGGGACCAGAUCGUUAAAUUCUUGAAGUGGCAGGGACCAAGAAUGAAACAUUAAGUCAUCUUCCCCAAUUUAAAGAACACGACUAGAAGAGAUGCUCGACCCCAAAAUUUAAAACACGCAGAUCACACUUUCGUUUCAAGCACAACCAACCGAACCAAGGUUCGUUUCAAGAUCGCCAUCUAUUCACGCGAACCGAACGUUCGGUUCGUUUCAUAUCAAGCUUCAUCAGGCGAAACCCCUUUCGCUUUCGGUUCAUCCUUCGUUCGCUCCAACCAUUAACAACCGAACCCAGUUUCAAAAGCAAAACCGAGCAUCCCGAUUAGAAUAAGGAGCGAAACCUUAGCCAAGCCGAAUUACAGGUUCGCUUUUGGUUCAUCUCCUAUUACAGUCCCAACAUAAACACACGAACACAAGAUCGAGGUUCAUUCCAUGAGCUGCUAAUGCGAAUCUCCCCCCUUUCGUUCCAAGUGCUAGCACCCGAACCCAAGUUCGCUUUCUGUCUUCCUUUCUUUCGUUCCAAGGCAACAAACAAACCCAAUCAUAGAUUCGCUUCAAUUUUGACGAUUAUACCCCAAAGAGAAGAACAGUAAACGAGCAUUCACAGGUAAGAAUUUCACAGCGAUUUUGACUUUUCGUUUGAUAAUUGUCCUUCCCAAUUGAUUUCCAAUUCCAGUUCCAUUCGUUUGCAGUGAACAUCAUCAAUUUUGACUUUUUGAUUUUGACUAUCGUAUGCACCAGUUAAGAUACCAGCGCUCUGACAGCCUAUGUUCCGACUAUCUUCAUAGCAUCGCACCAACUACCCUCGACCAUUUAACUCAAUUUUGACUUUUCUGUUUGACAAUUCAAAUUGAGAUUCAACGCAGUGUAUCAUAUGACUACAAAAAUUGCAUUCAACCAACACCAAGUCAAUACACCACAGAUCGAUUUCAUCUAUGAAUCAUUAGUAAUUUGAAGAAACAAAUGAAAUCGAGUCAAUCAGUAAGAACAAAAAAAAAACGAUGAAUAAAGAAUAAAGGAAUAACGAAUUCAAGAUGCGUCUUUUCCAGAUGGGUCGAUUAAGCCAAUCGAUAUUCAAACGCUUACAAACGAUAGCAUCGGUCAAUCAUCGAUUUGUUAAUUUUGACAGGCAAGGGAGAAUCAAAUUGAACACUGAAUGAAGAUGCAAUUGGAGACUCGGAUGCAAUAUUAAAGCCAAAGAAACUUGGAUCGACACUAAGCGAAUGGAUCAUGAACAGUGAAUCGGCCAAGGGAUUGGGCCAGAUCAAGAUAAAAUACGAAUGGAUCCAAAUGGGUCAAAACAAAUGAUUGAAAUCAACUGAUUUUUGGAUUAAGCAAUCACCAGAUCUAAGAUGAACAGAAGAACGAAUAAAAAAAAUCAGAUGAACAGUGAUGAACAGCAUGAAUUUCCAUGAGCAGUAGCUUGAACAAAAUAUUGAUUCCAUACCGCCAAAACACCAAUAAUCUUCAAUAUAUGUAGAAAAUCACCAAAUCAAGAACCGAUACUUCAAAAAUCAAUAGAUUUUCAAAGACCCGCUCUGAUACCACUUGUUAGGUUGAAACCCUAAUUGUGAUUUGAUGAACAAGAUGCGGAAAAUAAAAACAAACACAAAUAAUGAAGGGUUAUGUCGAAUGAUCACUCGAUUUAUUGAAUUGUGAGGAACGAAUUACACUUAAGAAAUAAGAAUCUAACUCUACAAGAAACCUCACGUGGCGGCUACAUUUUGCCUCACACUCCUAACCCUAAUAAUGAAUAAUACAUGACUAUUUAUAGGGAAAAGACAAGUCUUGGGCUUUUAACCUAGAAUUCAUCAAAGGGGCCCAUUGCCAUCAUCCAUGGAGUGCUUUGAAACCCUACACUUUCUUAAUCUUGAUUUCUUGUCUUAUGAUAACACGAGUGCCCACCAUGUCUUCCAAGUAGUUUAGCAACUUAUCCUUACAUAUCAAUGUACUUUCCAUCGAUCAAGGUGCUUUGUCUUUAUGAAUUCAAAUGAGAACUCAUAGAACUCACUUGCAUAAUUAACUCAAUUGGAAUGGCACAGAAAAAAAUAAUGUCAACACGAUAGGUUGUAAACCUCAAGUCGUGUGCUAGUGAUGAUCGAUAAGGUUUAUUCUUGAUUUGUUCUUGAACCUUUCAAGACCAUUAAAACUCCCACUGACUCCUUGACAUAUAAGGUUCUCUUAUCAAGAAACUUUUCUUGACAAACAAAUAUUCAAGAGUUAGUGUAGAUUUUAUCAAGACAAAACACUUCACAUAAUUUGUCCUAGUUGGUCUUUGUCUUAUCCAAGACAACACAUCUUACCAAUUUCAAAUGUGCAAGAAUAAGAAACUUUUUCCAAAUUCCACAUUUGUUGAGUGUUAUAAAACUUCUUAAGACUUGUCACUCAAUUCACAAUCUUGGAGUAUAACUCUAAGACUUGAUAUUGGAAUGAAGUAUGAUUGACUUCUUUAUUUAACCAUUUCCACAAUUCUCGAUUCCUCUUCUUAGACAUACAAAUGCACUAAGACUCACUUAGAGGAUCAAUUGAGAUAUGAUUCUUAAUCAUUAAGACUUAUCAUAAAACACAAUAAAAGGUACUCUCCCUUCUUCUUUGAAUAGAGAACCUUUUAUCUUUCUGCCUACUUGAUUCUUUUUUACUCGUUCUGCUAUUCAAUGAAACUCUUUCAAUCAACUCAGAAUUACACUUAAUCUUAUAAGUAUAAUCAUAUUUACUAAACUUUAGUAAAACAUGAUGAAUAUCUUUGUCACUAUUGUGGUGGACUUGAUCAGUGUACAACCUUGUGUACUUGAUCUCCUAGUCCUUCACUUGACACUUUGUCAAAGAAUUAUUCUAAUUUCCAAAUAUGAAAUUUCUCAUUCAUCACGCAACCAAGUUGUAUGAUUCCAAGUUUCUGUCCAAUUGAAACUUGGGCGAUGAGAAACUUUCCCUAUUUGGUGAAUUCUCGAGAUUUCCACAAAUAACAUAAUUAAGAAUCAAAUCCAUUACUGCUAAUAAUAGAAACCUUCAAACAUCAAUUUUUCAUGCACGCCAUUGCAAGGAUAAAUAAAUAAGAUAAAAUCAAAUUUUAUUUUAUUGCGGAAAAAUUUGUCCUUACAAUGCAAUUCAAUUGAAAACCUAUGUUAUUUCAUCCUUCUUAGCAGUCUAUUCUAACUCCAAGUAGUAGCUCAAGAAUCCAAUCUUCAAGCAAUGCGAUCGAAAUCCAUUUCUUCACGAUUAGAUUUAGCUCACUUUUUCCCUUAAGCUUCCUCUCUUUUCUUCGAUCUUACAAAACAUCAAAAUGUAAUCUUAUAACAUCAUGUAUUAAGAAUCUAGAAUAGGAACUUAAAAGAGUUAGUUAAUGGAUUUUACCAUAAGUAGAGCCAUAUGUCUUAACUCUCUUAUCUCUUAGAUCUCUCAGGUAAAUAGGGCAACUUCGUCUCCAAUGCCCCUUCUCUUGGCAAUAAAAGCAAAUGGACUCUUUUGGAAUGGCACAAGGAACUAUCUCAGAGUUUACCUUUUCUGGAUCUCCAAUGUCACCAUUUUCAAUGUCCAUUGAAGUUUGGGAGUUUGAUUCACCAGACAAAUUUGCUUAACCAGCACGCCAAAUCAUUGCUGAUUCAGCAGCUAUAAGCAAAUAGGUGAGAUCAAUGAGGGUCACGUCGUGAUCCAUCAUACAGUACUCUCUAACGAACUCAUUUUAUGAUUCAGGAAGUGAUUGAAAAACCGAGUACACAACCAACUUCGUGGGGAUGACAACACCUAGCAUACCCAACCUGUCAAUGUGUGAGUUCAUCUCUAAGACGUGUGCACACACAGACUUUCCAUCUUCGUGCUUACUUGCCAAUAGGGUUUGAGUGAGCUUGAACUUUUCAAGCCUUCGAUCACAUGGGUUAGGGAGAACAAUAGGAGGAGGUGGAGGAAGUGAAGCAUGAUUUCUUGUUCCUCGAUCAUAUCGUGGAACAUCAUCUUCAUUUGGAAAGCUUGUUCCAUGGGAUUUGGGAAGACCAUGAUUGUCAGAACUAGACAUCUACAAAACGGGAGAAAAUUUAAGUUAAGUUGAUUGAGUCCUUGAUGUAACACCCAAAUGAAACAUCAAGGCUAGGAUCCAACACAAUACUCUACAGCCUAGAAGAGGGAUGUUUUAAUCUAGUUGCAAAAUAUUUGAAGGUAGGUAAAUGACGAUUUACCAAUUUCCACCAUGAAAAACAAAAAAUGAAGUUUAAGUUUUAAAUGAAUUGAAACUCCUAGAUCUUUUGAGAUUAAUUGAACAUUUCAAUGGCAUGUUUCAUCUCGAUUAUGCCCUUCUAUUUGUGACUGGGAUGUCGAGGAUCACAAAUAAGGUGUGAAUAACCAUACGAAUCUACAUGGUGCACUCAAUGCUACUAUCACCUAAUCAAUGUGCCGGUUAACCACACACGCUCCAUUGAUCUAUGAUAAACAUCGAGCCACCCUUCGCUACCAAUUUCAUCCCCAAAUUAGUGUGCCGGUUAACCACACACGCUCUACUAACUUUUGACAAGGGUACGAAGUGUAAUUCCAUGGAUUAGCAUACAAUUUCACAUUUUCCUAAAGUAACUAUGAUUUGGGAAUUUGUAAAAACAUUUACUUACUUUGUAAUUCAUUAUACUUAUAAUGGAAGGUUUUUGUCCUAUCCUACCCGUUCGACUAACGACCCUCCACUAGUCAAGAGUGUAGUGGGUAAGAGUGGAUACCCAUUCAAUCGUCAUUUUAUAGGCAAUUUUCUUAAACACCCCUUAUAGACCAGCUUCGUGAAUGAGGCCUACUAACGGUAAGACUAACUCUUUACUCACAUAUAUAUAAUAGUAGACUUUUAAUGUUACAUAUAUAUAUAUAUAUAUAUAUAUAUAUAUAUAUAUGGUGUGUUUUACACUUUAUUAAAAUACUAGGUGGUUUUCAUAACUUUCUCUUUUAAUUAAACUUUUAAUUAAUUUAACAAAACCAUGAGGGUGUAAUUUGAACUUUUCAAAAUAGUAGGGUUUUACAAUUUAACAUUUCAAAAUUAAACUUUUAAUCAACUUUUAAGUUCCAAAACUUGAGGGCAAGUUUUGAAACAUUUCAAAACAUUAGGGUUUAGAAUUUAAAUAUAUUUCAAAAUAAAACUUUUAAUCAAAAAAUUUUAAUUCCAAAACUUGAGGGCAAGUUUUGAAACUUUUCAAAACAUUAGGGUUAAACUAUUUAAAUUUCAAAAACAAAACUUUUAAGUUCAAAUUUAAACUAUAAAGCAUAAAGGAAAAAAUUGAAACUUUUUCAUAAGAUAAUUCAAACCUAAAUUACAAAUAAUCAAUCUUUAUCUCAUAAAACAAAAGAUUAUCUAAAUUUUGACAAUUAUCUUCUAUUUUGGUAAGGAUAUUCACCCAAAAUCAAUAAAAAUCGGAUUUUAUGAAUCAAAAACGUUUAUGGUAAGUAUCCCAAGCCAAAACAGCGAGAAAAUCGCCAAAAAUUGCUGCCAGACUCGCUGACUCGUCGAGUCAGCACUGGACUCAUCGAGUACCCAGUGGACUCGUCGAGUUCAAUCAUGGACUUGGCGAGUCCAGCCUCAAAAUUCAAAAAUUUUCGUUUUUCAGAAAAUUUUCGAUCAAGUAAGCAUCAAAUUCACUAACAAACAGCCCUAGGCUCUGAUACCACUGAUGGGUUUUGAGCACUACAUCAAUCCUAUGGUGUACAUGAAAACCAUAAUAGCUUUGGUUCUAGUUUGUCUAAUGAACAUGCAAUUGAUUAUCCAAAGCCAUAAACCCUAGAUCUAACAUAUUAUAAACUAAAUUAGGGUUUAGAGAAUUACCUUUGAUUGUUAUAUAGCAAUAACAAUCAAUUCCUUGCUUUGAUUAGCUUCAGAAAGCUUAAUGCCUCAAGUAUUGCACCUCUAAUGGAGUCACAAACACCACUAAGCAACAAGAAUGAUUAGGAGAAGAGAAGGCACUCAAAAACGUCUGGAAACCCUAAUCCAAGUGUUAGCCACGUUUUUGGUGCCUAAGGGUUCCUUAUAUACUUAGGUUAUUAGGGUUUUGCACUUAGGAAACCCUAAUCUACCUGCUUAGGCCCUAAGCAGCCCAUGGACUCCUUUAAUGAUAUCCCUUGGACGAAUUCCUUAUGGUCUUCCCAUAGAAUUCGUCCAACCUAUAUUAUUAGGUAAUCCAUAGCCCAAUUGCAAUUAUCUUAUAAUUACAAAUCCAGUCCCUAAGUUUAAUUAAUCUCUUUUAGCCACAAAAUUAAUUCUUAAUUAAUUCUUGACUAAUAUUAAUUAAACAUUAUGAUUUCUUCUUUAAUAUAUUAUUCUCAUAAUAUAUUAAUAAAUCAUAAUUAAUCCUUUCUCUCCUUAAUUCAUCCUACAUAUUGUUAUGGUGAAGGAAACCUAAAAGGAUCAUGCUCAUAAUCGGGUCAAGUACACACCAAAAUAGUUAUGGACUUAGACACUAAUCCAACAGUCUCCCACUUUGAUAAGUCUAAUAACUAUUCUGCAUAACUUCAGAAACCGAUCAGCAAAGGUCAGACUUGCAUCCUGUCUUCUGAAAGACACAGAUCGAGACUGCUACGAGGAGGUUAGACACCCCUUCGGAGGCGUGGCGGUUGCUUGAUGGCUUGGGAGGAGUUUGUGACGAGGUUUCGGGCUGAGUUUGCACCAGUGAUUGAGGUCCAACAGUUAGCUAAGGAGUUUUAGGGCCUUCUCCAGACUACUGAUAUGGUGGCAGAGAUCGGUGCUAUGUUACAAGAGAGGGCGUUACUAGUUCCUCAGUAUGUUGUGGACAAGGAGAUGAAAAAGUAGAGAUAUCACGAGAUGUUGAGGAGCGAUAUCAGAUAGUUUAUGAGCAGAUCCAGUUACAAGACACUGGACGAUAUGGUGGUGCAAGCUAGAGUGAGGGAGAGUAACCCAGAUAUGGAGAAGAAGAGGAAGUCGAAUCAGGUUUAGAGUUCUGAGUGUUCGGUCAAGAGCCCUAAGAUUUUUGACUCGAGGCCGAGGGGUCAGCAGGGUCGGGUCUACUGUGGCAAGGCGCACGAUGGGGCAUGUAGGUGGGUGAUUCUGGCUGCUUUAAGUACAGUAGGACAGGUAAAUUUAGUAGGGAUUGCACUGCCACCACCACCAGCCAAAUAUAUAAUCUUAUUUGCUUCCAUUGCAAUCAGAGGGGCCAUAAGAAGGUUAACUGCCUGAGUUUAAUAGUUGGAGGACCAUUUGCAGCACCCGCGCCGACAACACUACAAAUUACUGAUGGCUGACAGGGCAAGGUAGAGAUGCCUGUUAUGAGUGGCAUGGCAUUUCAGUUGAUAGCUGAGGAGGCUCAUUAGGCACUAAAUAUGGUGAUACGUAUGUAUCUUAACCUUUUCUUUUCUAUUUAUGUUGAUUUUCCUACUUAUAUAUGUGUUUGUUUUAGGGUUGUUCCUUAUGAACAAUAUCUCUCAUUUGGUCUCGUUUCAUUCGGGGGGUUACCCGAUCCUUUGUAUCUCUCAUGCUUAGUAAGAGAUUUGUUGAUGCCCCAGGGGAACUAGAGUAUCCAUUAGAGGUUGAGAUUGCUAAUGAUCGACCUAUAUGAGUAUCGAGUGCUCAUCAGGGAUAUAUUUUGGAGUUAUUUAGUGAGUGGUAUCCGAUUGAAUUGGUUCAUAUUCCUCUGCAUGAGAGCAAGGUUAUUAUGGGGAUGGAUUGGUUGAGUCCCAACAUGGAAAUGAUUUAUUGUAAUUUGUAAGCAUCAGAUGGUAUGUAUUCGGAUCCUAAGUGGGGGAGAGUUAGUGAUUCAGGGAGAGGGUGUUCAGUGUGGACCCACUUUCUGUUUUGCGGCUUGGGCCAGGUGCUACCUUCAACAGGGUUGUUAUGGAUUUGCUGCUUAUGUGAUGGAUACUCGGGAGAAGGGUAAGGAAACUGCGGACGAUAUACCGAUUAUUUAGGAGUACCCGGAUGUGUUCCCUGAGGAUUUUCCUAGUGUGCCUCUAGAGAGGCAGGUGGAGUUUCGGAUUGACUUGGUUUCUAGUGCAACUUCGAUAGCCAAAGCACCUUAUUGGUUAACACUCCCCUAGAGAUGUAAGAGUUGUCUAUGCAACUGUAGGAGAUGUUAGACAAGGGAUUUAUUCGGCUAAGUAGUUCACCAUGAGGAGCGUCGAUCUUGUUUGUGAAGAAAAAGGAUGGGUCGCAUCGAAUGUAUAUGGACUACCAGGAGCUGAAUAAGCUAAGUCGCUUUGAAGGAUUGAUGAUUUAUUUGACCAACUUCUAGGUGCAUCUUGAUUUUCGAAGAUUGAUCUUUGUUCAAGUUAUCAUCAAAUGAGGUUCAGAGAGGAGGAUAUGCAGAAGACGGCCUUACAGACUCGUUAUAGUCAUUACGAGUUCAUAGUGUUUCCCUUUGGGAUCACCAAUGCUCCAGCCGCAUUCAUACAUUUCAUGAAUCACGUAUGCAAGCCUAUGCUGGACCAAUUAGUGAUUAUGUUUAUAAAUGACAUCAUGAUCUAUUCUAAGACCCAGGAGCAGCAUGAGGAGCAUCUGAAGGAGGUAUUGGAGACUCUUAGGAAGGAGAGGUUGUAUGCCAAGUUCUCCAAGUGUGAGUUCUAGUUGCACGAGGUUCAGUUUAUGUGACACCUUGUCAACCAGAACGAUAUUGUAGUCGAUUUGGCCAAGGUUAAGGUGACGAUGAGGUGGGAAGUUUCGAGGUCUCCAUCUGAGAUUCAGAAUUUCCUUGGAUUGGCGGGGUACUAUCAAAGACUCAUUCAUGAUUUCUCCAAGAUAGCGGUUCCUUUGACCAAGUUGACGAAGAAGACCAUCACGUUUUAUUGAGGGGCUGAGCAGCAAACAUCUUUUGAGACUUUGAGGUGGAUAUUUUAUGAGGCGCCAAUUCUGACCCUGCCAUAGGGUGUUGAGGAGUCUAUGGUGUAUGGUGAUGCAUCAAUCACGAGUUGGGUUACGGUACUGAUGCAGCGAAGUCAUUUGAUCGCUUAUUCUUCAAGGUAGCUGAAGCCUCAUGAGGCGAAUUAUCGUACGCAAGAUUUGGAUUUGGGGGCAGUGGUUUUAUGGGGUAGUGUUGUACUAUUUACAUGAAUCAGAAGAGUCCGAGGUAUCUAAUGGACGAUACGAAUUUGAUAAUGAGGUAGUAUGGAUGGUUAGAUGUGGUGAAGGAUUAUGAUUGUAAGAUCCUUUAUCACCUAGGAAAGGCCAAAGUGGUAGAAAAUGUUAUCAGUUGCAAGGCAGUUAGUAACCUGAUCAUGAAUGUGUGUUUUAGGAUGAAAAUGAUUACCCCACUCUUAGAUCAAAUUCGAGAGGCUUGGGUCGAGGCUAUGAAGAAAGAGCACCAGAAGAGUGAGCUCAUAGUAGGUUAGGUGGCUUCCUUUAGUUAUGAAUGAGGGGGAUUAUUGACCCUUCAUCGUAGGGUGUGAGUUCCCUAUUGGUGUGGUACGCAUCGGGUUUUGAUGGACGAGGCACACAAGUUUAGAUUCUCUAUUCAUCCCGAGGCAACAAAUAUGUAUACAGAUCUCCGAAUUGACUAUUGGUGGCCAUGUAUGAAGCGAGAAGUGGCCUAGUAUGUGGAGAGGUGCUUGACUUGCCACAAAAUCAAGGAUAGGCAUCAAUGACCUCAUAAAAAAUGGUGUCGUUGGGUGUUCCCGUUUGGAAAAGGGAAGAGAUUAUGAUGGAUGUUAUCACCAAUUUACCUCGGACAACACACGGGGUGGAUUCAGUUUAGGUCAUCAUGGAUCGAUUGACCAAGAGUGCACACUUUAUCCCAAUCCAUGAGAGUAUUCAGCUGAAAAGCUGGCCAACAUCUACAUUCGAGAAGUGGUCGCACGACAUGGGGUGUCGGAUUCUAUGCUCUUUGAUAUGGAUAAUCGUUUUACUUCCAGGUUCUGAAAGAGAUUCCAUAAGGAGUUGGGUACUCGUCUACAUGUCAUCACGAAUUUCCACCUACAGACUGAUGGUCAAAGUGAGCGGACUCUCCAGACAUUAGAGGACAUGCUGCAAGCAUGUGUACGGGAUAUUAGUUGUAGUUGGGAUAAGUAUCUUCCUUUGGUGGAGUUUUCAUAUAACAACAGUUAUCACUGCAUCAUUGAUCGACCUCCUUUUUAGAUGCUCUAUGGGAGGAAGUGUAGGACCCUGAUAUGUUAGGGUAGGGUCGGACAGCAAGUUAUGGCGAGUAUGGAGGUGGUACUCAAGACGACGGAACUGAUUCAACAGGUUUGCGACAGACUUCAUACAACAUGGAGUCGACAGAAGAGUUACGCAGAUAGGCGCCAUUCAGACUUAGUUCUAGGUUGGGGACAUGGUACUCCUAAAGGUGUCACCUUGGAAAAGUGUCAUCCAAUUUAGGAAGCGAGGUAAGCUAAGCCCUAUGUAUAUUUUUAUUUUUAGGGUGAUAUCCCUGGUGGGCAGGGUUUCAUAUCGAUUGGAUCUUCUAGAGGAGCUCAGUCAGAUCCAUUGUACUUUUCAUGUUUCUCAACUGCAUAAAUGUUUGGUUGAUGAUUCCAUAAUGGUUCCUUUGGAGGACAUUCAUGUGGAUGAUCGCCUGAAUUAUAUUGAGAGACCAGUGUCGAUCCUUGAUAGGAGGACGAAGACUCUACGGAACAAGGUUGUAGAUCUGCUGAAGGUGCAGUGGCAACACCGAAAGGGUUUGGAGUAUCCGUGAAAGCCUAAGGACGAGAUGAGGGAGCACUACCUAGGGUUGUUUGCGGUAACAGACUUCAAGGACAAAGUAUAAUCCAAGUUAGGAAGAAUUGUAACACCUGGAUUCCAGGUAUUUCUCAUUUUGAUCCUUGGUAUUAUUUUAGUUUGCAAAUUUGGUCCUAAGGGACGUAAAGUGAAAUUUAAGGGUGGGGCGCGUACAUCGGGUAUAGUCCUAGUUAAGCAUCAUUAUGGAGCUUGAGGCUACCCUCUCAUCAACCUCCUUACCCAAGAAGAUAUCCUACAAAACCCUAGUCUCUUUUGAGUGUUCUUGAGCCUUAUAGUGAUCUUGUGGUAUUUUUUUGGUGGUUCUUGGUGGUGAAGGAAGUUCCUUGAAGAAGGAGUGGAUCCAAAUUCUACAUAUUCUUAUGCAUCUUUAAAAGUGCAGAGAUUUCCCAGAUCAGCAGUCCGAGCAUUUAUCUAAUUUUUUAGCAGAUUGAGGCCCCGAUGAUACGCAGGGCCUAAUGAGUGUGUUGGGCGGGGCUCGUCGCAUGUUACUGACAAAUAUGUUCUGGGUGGGGCUCAACGUCGGGCGAGGCCUGAAGGUUGUCGAGAAAGGCACAUAGUACCUCCAGUUCGAAGGGGAAGGGCUCGGGAUGAUCACAAUGCACACACACCAUGAUUAGCCGCUGUAUUGACUCUGAUGUAUUUUGGAUGAUUAUUGAUAUACUACGAUUUCCUUAUGGUUUUGAUAAACACGCUUGGUUGAUGAUUUAUUUAAUAUAAAAACAAAAUUUUUG